AUGCCCUCCAAGUUUACCAACUUCUUCAAGAGAAUGUCAAAGUCCGAUAAACCUGCUGAGACCAAGGCUGAAGAGCCUGCGUUCUCCAUCCAGCCUCAUCCUGCUGCAAGUCACAUCGUGGAUUCUGCUGUAAUGUUUCUGACACUUGCUCAUCUGCAGAAGUCCAAUGACCCCGCCGACCUCGCUCCGCCCACCGGAGGUCUGGCUAGCAACCCCAACGAGCAGGCCUUGCAUGCUCGCGAUCCCCACAUCCCCAGUGCCCAGGUCAUGGCUGGCAUGGAACAACCCUCAAGCCGUGAAGAGCUGAAAGCUCGACAGGCUGAGCUGAACAAGGACUAGAUCCUUGGUCUAUCACUGCGGACAUUACUGUACCAUCUCCCCUGUAUAAUCACUGUUAUCGAUAACGGAAUCACAACCGAAUGUACAGCCUUGAACCUGUUCUGUUGUCUUCCUCUGCUUCAAUGCAUCGCAUCGCCGGCGCGUACAUGCGCACAGCCCGCGCCCCAGUGAAUCUGACGCAAGGCCCGAGGGAGAUGGCUAUAUUUAUCAGUACCUAGAACCUUAUAAGCGCUUGCACCACCACUUUCUCUUGAUUACCACCACCACCUGUUUUAUCUCCAUGAGCGAUCAACUAUCCCCAGGUAAGAGGCUUCUCAAUCAGUGGAUCUGCUUGCGAACGCUGUAUCAGAACAGGUUGCUGAGUUCAAGGAGGCAUUCUCCCUGUUCGAUAAAGAUGGCGACGGCACGAUCACUACACUGGAGCUCGGCACGGUCAUGCGCUCUCUCGGACAGAACCCAACGGACAGCGAGCUGCAAGACAUGCUGAACGAGGUCGACGCAGACGGCAACGGCACGAUCGACUUCCCCGAGUUCCUUGCCAUGAUGGCGAAGAAGUUCCAGGACACAGACACGGAGGAGGAGAUCCGGCAGGCGUUCAAUGUGUUCGACAAGGACGGGAACGGCACGAUCAGCGUUGAUGAGCUGUUCCAUGUCAUGCGGAGUCUAGGUGAGAAGCUCUCAGAGGAUGAGGUGAAGGAGAUGAUCAAGGAGGCGGACGCGGACGGCGAUGGAGAGAUCAACUACCAAGACUACUCUGUGACAGAUGAUGACUUCCAAGUGAAUGAGUUUGUUUGUUCUGCUGUACAAGUUGGAGAGGUAUCUAUGUAUGAUGAGUCAUCGUCGGAAAUCUGCUCGAGAACGAAUACAUUAUAGCUAAAGUCAAAACGAAGAAUCUCCUCAAAGCGUCUCAAUA